CCUCCUGGCAGUCAGGCCCAGAAGAGGGAUGGCCAGUAGCCCACAAAGACAACUCAGAGGGCGGAAUAAUCCACCCCAUGUCCAAGAACCUAUCUUGCAGAUGGCCCGCGCCAUUGAGCCCCUCCCGACCUACCAGUCGCGGGCUCAGCGUGAGUUCCUCCUCCCCCGCGAGCCCGGGGAGUGGCCCGGCUUCACCCCGCAGGUCUACCACCGGCUGGCCCUGAAGCCGCCGCCCUGCACCGAGGUGAAAUCCGAGGUGCGCCGCAGACUGAUCCGCCCUUGGAAGGACGCAGCGCCGCACACGUGGGGCUUUCACACGUGGCUCGACGUGGGCCGUUUGCCCGCCACCUUUCCCACCAGGCCCGACAGGCCCUACGACAGCAACGUGUGGCGCUGGCUGACAGACUCCGGGGCCCGCGGCCGCCCCCCAGCGGAGCCCCCCAUCCCCCCGCCCUCCUGGAUGGGUCCCAACAGCUUUCUGACCUUCAUCCGCUGUACUCCCAACUUCGCCGACGGCCACAGGAAGAAGCAGGUGACCGCCAAGACGGUGCGGGAACUGAGAGAGCUGGAGAAACUCAAGCUGAGGAGUGAAGCCAGGGCACCACCCCUCGAUGCCAAGGGCAACAUCCUGCCCCCGAAGAACUUCAAGAAGUACCGGCACAUCUCAGCUGGCGGCAGGUUUGAGCCUAGAGGCCUCCAGCUCAUGCCCAACCCACUUCCCAAUGAUUUCGCCAGGGGCUGGCCCUGCCCGAACCCUCUGCCUCAUUACCAGGAGAAGGUGCUAAAACUGGCCUUGCUGCCUAGUGUGCCCCUGAGCCGGGACCUCCUGAGGGAUUACCAAGCCCUGAUAGAGAACCGGGUUGCCUUGCCCCUCUGUCAGCUCUCUAAGGCACAACCUGGUAAAACCUUAGCAAGGAAGACCAAGAGAAAGCCUGGACAGAUCUAGAAAAGCCGCCAGCUGGGCAGAGACCACGGUGGGCUACAGUGUUCUCAACCAAUGCACCUUCGGCAAGAAGCCUCUGGGUGGCUGAACGACUGGCUUCUGCAGAACAGAGCCUGUCCACCAUCCCUCCAGCUGCGGGCUACUUCUGUCCCUCAGGCUCCCGGACACUCUACUGAAACUCUAAAUGAUGAUCUGUC